UCGCACGCCUGUCUCAGCUCGCUGGUAUGCUGCGAUAGGGUGGCGCCAGGCAAACAGCCUGAAGGCAUCUGGCUGAUGGAGCGGCAAGCCGUCCAGGCCAGUAGCCCCCCGCGCAUCUUCACCGAACUGUUACCUCCAGUGAGCAGCUCCCAGCCUGCCGUCAAUGUGCCAGUCGCCAUGACUUUCACAGGAGACGAGAAGCCGGACAGCUGGUGCCCAGAACUAAAAAACGACCACAAUGCAAAUCCUACCUACGCAAGAAGCGCACAACUUCAGAUGCAACAGCCGAUAUUGCCCAAUGACCAGCAGCGACAGUUUCUUAGGAAAAAUACUCUAGCCCACGAGAAAGAAUAUGUUUGCAAAACAUGCUCCAAGAGGUUCGCCACACGCUAUUCUCUGAACGACCAAAUAGUUGGAAAAAUUUUAUUGAAUGUAUAGAAAAGAGGUUUAAAGAAUUAGAAGAAUUUAUUCUGAAGUUGAAGAAACGAAAUCAUUAACUUCUGAAGAACAAUCAAG